AUGCUCGGACCUGAAGCAGCUAAGAAAAUAGCCAAAGUCCCUCUCUCAGACAACACAAUUUCCAGACGUAUUAAUGACAUGUCUGCAGACAUCGAAAGUGUGGUUUUGGAAAAGAUCCGUGAGAAAUUUGCAUUGCAACUUGACGAGUCUACUGAUAUCAGUGGACAUGCUCAACUCUUGGCCAAUGUGCGUUUUGUGGAUGGUGAUGCAAUUAGAGAAAACUUCUUUUUUUGCAAGGCAUUGCCAGAAAAAACAACAGAAGAAAUUUUUCGGGUCACAUCAGAAUACCUUGAACAAGGAGGACUUAAGUGGGAAAACUGCACAAGUGUCUGCACCGAUGGAGCUGCAGCCAUGGUCGGGCGCACCAAAGGCUUUGUAAGCAGAGUGAAGGAAAGAAAUCCAGAUGUGAUUGUUACGCAUUGUUUUUUACAACGUGAGGCCCUCGUAGCCAAGACUUUACCAGCAGACCUAGUUCCUGUGUUGGAUGAUGUUGUGCUCAUGGUAAACUUUGUAAAGUCACGACCCGUGAAAAGUCGCAUAUUUGCAGCUUUGUGUGAGGAGAUGGGAGCGAAGCAUAAAACCUUGCUGUUUCAUACGGAGGUCCGGUGGUUGUCGCGUGGCAAGGUCUUGGUUCGUGUGUAUGAGCUGCGGGAGGAACUUAAAGUGUUUCUGACAAAUGAGAGGUCAGAUUACGCAAAGCUGCUUGCAAGUGAUGAGUGGUGUGCAAGGCUGGCAUACCUGGCAGAUAUUUUUCAUCUUCUGAAUGAACUGAACACACGAAUGCAAGGCCGAAAUGAAAACCUGCUUACAAGUACAGAUAAAAUAAAUGUAUUCCGUUCAAUGGUGCAACUCUGUCAUCAACACGUGGAAAGUGGCAAUCUUAAAAUGUUCACACUCACCAAGCAAUGGCAAGGUGUUCACACUGCUGCACUGUGUGAGAUAAUAGUUAAACACUUAAAAACUCUCGAGGAGAAGUUUUCAUUUUAUUUCUCUUCAGUCUCCACUAAAUGCCUUGACUGGGUUAGGGACCCUUAUAGCUCAGCAUCAGUUGGUGGAAAGGACAUGACUUUACAGGAGCAGGAGGAACUAACUGAACUGAGACAAAAUCGUGGUUUCAAGCUAAGAUUUGCUGAUCUACCUUUGGACAGUUUUUGGUUGGAUACUGCCAAGGAGUUCCCCGUUCUGGCAAACAAAGCUAUUUUAAAAAAAUUGCUCCCAUUUUCCACUACAUAUCUGUGUGAGGUGAGCUUUUCAAGCCUGAUUGCUAUAAAAACUAAAGACAGAGAGAGACUGAGAGCUGUUGACGAAGAGCUACGUGUGUGUCUUUCUUCGAUUCCUGCCAGAAUAUCAGCUUUGUGUUCAGCCAAAUAG